AUGGAAAUUCUAAUGGAGUUCCUGCUCAGUGUCACCACAGCACCUGAAUUUCAUCAUUGGGAGGUGGCAGCCCUUCAGUCUCAGCUGAGGACUGACAAAGCUGUGGCUCUUCAGAAUGCACAGGCUCAUAUCAUUGAAAAUCUGCAUGCUGCAGCUUACCGAAAUGCCUGGGCUAAUUCCUUGUAUUGUCCUGAUUAUAGGAUUGGAAAAGUGACACCAGAUGAGUAUCAUCGCUAUGUUCAGAAUCAUUUUACAAGUGCAAGAAUGGCUUUUGUUGGACUUGGUGUGAGUCAUCCUGUUCUGAAGCAAGUUGCUGAAUGGUUUCUGAACAUGAGGAUUGGGCUUGGUUUAUCAGGUGCAAAGGCCAGAUACCGUGGAGGUGAAAUUUGGAAGCAGAAUGGAGACAGUCUUGUUCAUGCAGCCUUUGUAGCAGAGAGUGCUGCCACAGGAAGUGCAGAAGCAAAUGCAUUUAGUGUUUUCCAGUAUGUCCUUGGCGCCGGACCACAUGUCAGGCCGGGCAGCAACACCACCAGCUCUCUGUACCAAGCUGUUGCCAAGCCAUGUGACGUUUCUGCUUUUAAUGCCAGUAACUCGGAUUCUGGGCUUGGGAUUUAUACUAUCUCGAAGGCUGCAGCUGCUGGAGAUGUUAUCAAGGCUGCCUACAACCAAGUCAAAGCAAUUGCUCAAGGAAACCUUUCCAGCACAGAUGUCCAGGCUGCCAAGAACAAGCUGAAAGCUGGGUACCUAAUGUCAGUGGAGUCUUCUUCUGAAGGUUUCCUGGAUGAAGUCGGGUCUCAGGCUCUCGUUGCUGGCUCCUACGUGCCACCAUCCACAGUCCUUCAGCAGAUUAACUCAGUAGCAGACGCUGAUGUCUAAAUGCUGCAAAGAAGUUUGUUUCUGGCCAGAAGUCAAUGGCAGCAAGUGGAAAUUUGGGGCAUACACCUUUUGUUGAUGAGCUGUAAACCUGAAACACAUUGUAGGAAAGAGCUGGACAUUUUCUCAACCGAGAGCAGCAAACACAUGAAAGUUCCACGUCCGUAAUGUAACAUCUGUCUUGGUUUUCAGUGAGGUGAAAUAUCUUAAAAAGUAUAAAUGCAAGAAAUUGUUCCCUGCUUACCUAAAGUCAAUAAAAUAUUCUAAGUGUAAAAAAAAAAACUUAUAGCCUAAAAUAUUAAUAGUUUCAUAUGUAAGCAUGUUACAGGCAACAGGAGUUCCAGGAGUCCCCUUUUCACUGGCCUCAACCACAGGAGUGUAUCAGAUGCUGAUGGGUGGCCAGGCCUGCAACAUCCUAUCCCGAGAAAUAAAAACUGCCGAGAGAAAAACAAAACAAAACACCAGACACUGACACACAUGAAAGAGAAUAUCAAAAGCACCCAAGAGCUGGAAUGUGAAACUGCACAUCACCAAAAUUCCUUAAUUCCCUCUUUCCAUGAUCCCUCUAUACAAGCCCUUUGCCUACCCUGAGAUGUUAAGAUGGUUGUUAAGGCCUGAGCCUGCCAUCUACUCAGGA